AUGGUAUACAAUCUCGGUGAAGCCCUACCGGGGGAGCUCAUGGUGGAGAUUCUGUCAAGGAUCAAAAUCAAAAAUUUGUCGAGACUCAAGUGCGUUUCCAAGUCAUGGAACCGCCUGAUUAGUCAAGACGCUUCAUUCCAUAUGAUGCAUCGGGAGAAGUCCAUCCACAAGAGCCAUUUCCUAAAUCUCGUACACUGGGCCGACAAUCCUGAUGAUGAAGCGAAUCCAACGUUGGGAUUCGCGUACGCUGAUAUGGAGGAUGAAGGUACUGUUUUUAGGGUUAACUCCGUCUUUUCCUUGCCAUGUCUUCUUAUGGCAAGUUUUCCACCCGUUUGCUGCGACUUAUUCUGCUUCGCAACCGGGUGGAAUGUUUAUGUGUGUAAUCCAACCAUGAAAGAUGUUCAUGUUCUGCCUAAGUCACCUUCUACUCAUGGACCAUCCAACUUUGUUGUGGACCACGUCAUCGGUUUCGGGUACGUUGUUUCCAGAAAAGAAUAUGUUGUGGUCAACAUGACUCGUAAAAUCAUCGUCCCAAAUCAGAAAGAUGAUCAUCAACAACAACAGCGAGCAACCGGAGAAAUCUCAACCGAGAUGUACAUUUUCGGCCCACAAAGUACUGAUCCGGCCCGUUCGCGUUGGAGGAUUACAAAGCAUGAAUCUCCACGGUGGGUGAAACACGCUGGUGGAUUCGUGGUUGGGGAAAACAUGUACUGGUUGAUUACUAACAACGAUAUCAUAGGCUAUGAAGAUUAUUCCUUAUUUGACAAUUUUAUAAGAAGAGGAAAUGAGCUGGUUCUUUGUAUGGAUAUCAAAUCUGAGAAGUUUGAUAUCAUUCCUCCUCCUCCGGGUUGGGAAAUCGAAACUGACAACAUGAAGGAUGAUUGGAUUAGGCUGGUGGAUAUCAAAGGUACAUUGUGUGUGACAGAUUGGAGUGUUUUGAUGAAGGAUUCAGUUUUGGAAUUCUGGGCUCUUAAGGGGGGGCCAAGGGAUUGUUGGGUGAAGGAAAUCAGCAUCGACAUGGAGAUUGGAUUUCCAGGCGUGGAAUUGAAUAGCAGAGUUAUGUUCUUCAAGUCAUCCAAGGAAGGAGAUAUAGUGAUGUGUUCAAGUGUUCCCAAUAAGUUCUACAUCUUCAACGUGGACAAAGGAAGACUGGUUAGGGUAACUGAUGGCUUUUUCGAUGAGGAUUCAACUCUGUUAUUGGGUUUCUGCUGGGAAAGCUUCUACACCCUUUGA